UGCAUGGGAGAGCGUGCUCUCUGACAUGAUACCUCACUGGUAUUUGGUAGUGCACACCUCCUGCUUGCUGAAACAGACGGCAUCACUUUGACUUGACUGGCAUCGGCUUCGUGAGCUCACUAAACUGACCUGGAUCGUCCUGGAUUAUGAAUCACAGUGAAAACCAGCAGAUUUUAUGGACACGCCGACCCCUGUGACAUCCCUGGCCAGUGCAGCCAAGCGACUCUGUUUAUGUGCCGCACAAAGCUGUCGAUCAGCUAGGCCAAGGGGUCAGGGAAGAAGGGGCAGGGACUGUGGAGCGGGAGCCGCUUCUGAGGUUCAAAGGUUCCUGAAGAGGAGGCCCUGAGGCGAAGACGAAAAGAGCUCAACAAUGAUGACAUCACAUGGAAAACUGAGGCGGGAGAAGGGGAGUCUGGCGGAGUACGAGUCUCAAAUGAAAGACUUGCGGACACAGCUGACCGACCAGUUGAAGAUUUUAGACUCUCAAGUGGAAGUGAAACAGCAGCAGCUGUCGGACCUCUCGGAGUUCCUCCGUCGUCGAGGUGACAUCGAAGCCGAAUAUGCUCGGGCUCUUGACAAACUCACAGAGAGGUUCACGCACAAAACUAAAAAGAAGGAGCAGUGGGGUCAGUCUGUCUGUCAUGUCUGGUCUGUUUUGCUGACACAGACUCGGCUUGAAAGUCGUGAGCAUGCAGCUCUAGGUGACACCUGCUGCAAUACACUAACACAGCGGCUGAUCCACAGCACGGAGGACGCGCACCGCCUGCACAAACGGAGCAAAGAAGUUGGAACGCAGAUGCAGGAUGAGCUGAUGAAGGUGACGACAGAGAUGCAGACGGCCCUGAAGACCUAUAACCAGUACCACACUGACUGUCUCAUCGCCGAGGGGAAACUGAAGGAGGCGGAGCGCUUGGAAGAGAGACACACCGGCAAGUCAGCUGACCUCGGCCUCGGCCAAUCAGGAGCGAGACGUAGCUCUGUCAAAAAGAUGGAGAGAUUAAUGGAGAAGAGGCACGGCAGAGUGCAGGAGACCCAGCUGAAGUGCACCAAGGCCCGCAAUGACUACCUGCUAAAUUUAGCCGCAGCCAACGCAGCAAUGAACAAGUACUACCUGCAGGACAUCAGUACUCUCAUUGAUUGUUGUGACCUCGGUUUCCAUCUCUCUGUCGAGAGGGUUAUGAAAUGCUACCUGGCCAGCAGGUGGCGCAUCCAGAAGACAGAGGAAAGUGGGCUAAAGCAGUUGGAAUCUGCUGUGACGUCACUGGACCAGGGAGGCGACAGGGAUGCGCUGCUUCAGCAACACGACUCCGCCUUCUGCCUUCCUUUCAGGUUCAACUACCACCCGCAUGAAGGAGACCAGGUGUGCGAGGUUAGUGCGGAGAGCCAGGUCCGGUACGAGCUGGAGACACGUUUCCAGCAGCUUCAGUCUCGGCUGGCUGCCGUCACACUGGAAACAGAGGAGGUCAGUAAGACCCUGAAAGCGACGCUCAGCGCCCUGCUGGAAAACAUAUGCGACAGCGACAGUCACCCUGCGACCGACGUGCCCAGCAGCCUAUCACAUGAGCCCCCUGGAGGCAGCUCCGCCCCCAAACUUACCCUGGCGAAACGUCGGGCCAAUCAGCAGGAGACGGAGACUUUCUACUUUACAAAAGUGAAGGAGUUCCUCACCAGCAGCUCUCUCACAUCCAAACUCCAAGCCAAGCAUGACCUGCUGCAGGAGGCGAUACAGAAAGCCGAGGCUGUGGACACCGACCCCUCAAGAAUUCAGUGUCGGUCAGUGCGGGCUCGGAAGUCCAGGCCUGUUUCCCAAUUCUGCCACACAAUCUUCAACACAGGCAUUAUGUCCUACAUCCAGAGCUCUGGGCAACAGAUUCCCGUGGUGGUUGAGAGCUGUAUUCGUUUCAUAAACCUUCACGGACUUCAUCAUGAAGGAAUAUUCCGAGUUCCUGGGUCCCAGAGGGAGGUCAACCUGAUCAGAGAUGCUUUUGAAAGAGGAGAGGAUCCUCUGUCAGACAGCGAAUGUGACCUGGACUCUGUUGCAGGGGUGCUGAAGCUUUACUUCAGGGGUCUUGAGCCUCCGCUGUUCCCCUAUGACAGCUACUCCCAGCUGCUGGAGUGUGUCCAGAUCGAAGGGGUGACGGAGAAAGCAGCCCAGAUUAAAGCAAUCAUCUCCACCUUCCCUCGACCUCUCCUCAUCGUGAUGCGCUACCUUUUUGCAUUCCUAAACCAUGUUUCUCAGUACAGCGACGAGAACAUGAUGCAGCCUUAUAACUUGGCUGUCUGCUUUGGUCCAAGUCUGCUGAGAGGCCUCGACUCCGAUGAUGCUGUUGCGCAGCAACCCCAGGUCAAUGACUUGGUCAAGACUAUGAUCCUGCAGCAUGACGUCAUUUUCCCCGGCCAGUCUGAGUUAGCUGGACCUGUCUAUGAGAAGCACAUGACCCUGGAGCAGGAGUACUGUGAGCCCAUCACUGAGGAGGGCGAUGGGGAGACGGAGCCUCUGCCCUGCGAGGAUGAGUGGGAAGCCAUCUCCAUGUUUGACUAUGUGGCCCGGUCUCCAGCGGAGCUGUCCUUCAAGCAGGGGGAGCUUCUCAUCCUCCACAGCAAGGCAUCUUGUGACUGGUGGAGAGGAGAAGUGGGCGGGGUGAAAGGUCUCAUCCCGCACAAGUACAUCAGCGUCCUGGAUGGGUCAGAGCGAGUGAAGAGGGACGAGGGAGGCGGAGGAGGCAGCACUGGCAACCUGUCUUCAGAAGAUGCCCAGACUGAGAACACCAUUCGUGCUCAGGAGAGGAGACACACUCUGGAUACGGUAAGACAGGUGGGCUUCAGACCUCCAGAAAGACCUCCUCAGGUGCAGGUGGACAGAACAGCUGACAAGGAAAUGAUCAGUCGGCAGAUGAACUCGGUGUUCAAGGAGCUCCUGUCUCGCCAGCCCCCCAUGCAGCCGUCCUCUCUGACCGCCGCAGCCCUCACUGGCCCCGCCCCCUCCGCCUCCACCACCUCCUCUCUUCCCCAAGCGGCCCCGGCAGCCAAAAAAGCUGGGUUCGGCCUCAAAGGACGAGCCCUUUUCAGACCUGUGGAUUAAUGACUUUUGUGGGAAAUCUAUAUUUUUACGACACGUGUACAAAUUGUGUCUGCCAUCUCAUAGUGCCACUUGUCUCAGUGCCGUGUUCGAGUCUGUCCAGUGUGUCUGUUUUCGGAUGGUUUCUGCCUUUCUUCACCUCGCUUGGUUUUCUCGGCUUUUGUGGUUUGUUGGAGAAUCAGGUUCGAGUCACCAGUUCUUCCACUGGACUGACUUUACGACGAAUUGUUGCCAAUAGAGUGACUGCAUCAUAAAAACCUCCUUUUAAGUUGUCCCCUAGUGGCAGGUCUGAGAUCAGCAUGUCAAUAUACUUGAGUUCCAAACCUGAUCUGGGACCUGUGUCUGGGAGUGCCUUUGAUAUUGUGCUUUCAUUUGAAUAUAUACUGUAGUUUUUUUAGUAUUCACAACGUCAUGGAGCUGGUCAUGUGACGCGCGGUGAAACAGAAACAUCCUCCCAUGCUGUGAUUCGUGGUCUCAAGCGCAGGCCGAAACUCAGGGCUUUUGCAGAGUUAGAUUCAGAUUUGGAUUGGAGAUAUUUCAGUGUCGGUUUCUCACUCAGGGCUGUGCUUAUUCAACUGGAAACUGUGCCCCGGCUUCGCCAGACUAAUCGCUCCCAUGUCGAAGAAGACCUGGCUGAAAUGUGAACUUAUUGGUGACACAUUUUUGCUCCUGUUAAUAUUUCGCCCCAUUCACUUUAAGCUGUUUGGCCACGUAUUCCUCACGAGUCCUCACGCUGCCAUGUCUUCAUUGUUUAAACAAAUGGUUCUGUUCUGUUUUGAAUAAUUCUGCUUCAAUUGUUUUAAUAUUUUGGAUCUCUGUUUAAUGUCACCAGAUUAACUGUAUCAAAUUCUAAAUGUUGUUCGACCAAAAUAUGAAUAAAGCAAAGCUGAUAAUGUGACAGAUGACGUUGAUUUUAAAGGCUAGCCAUUUGUUUCGCUGGUUAGGUUCAAGGUUUGUGACCUUAAAUCCACUCCACCACUAACUGAUGUUGUCUAUUUUUUUCUCUCCCAAGUGAAAAGGAAUUUACUCCUAAAAACACGGAGCAACCCAGGUGUCAUGCAAACAAUCUCAUCCCUCCCAGUGGGUGUGUUUUGACCUACUGAACCGCCAUCUCUCUGCUGUAAAAUGAUCAUUCUCCUCCUGAAAUAACCCACUGACUCACCCCUCCGCCGAGGCGAUCCACGGCAUCAGCGCUCUGAGCCAUUGACAACUGUGUGUGAGAAUCUGUGUCUGGACUCGUACUUGCCAGAUCAGCUCCCAGGGCCUUUGUGAUUAAGCGGACCACUUGAUCUCGGUGACAUUCUCCAUUAACGCCCCCUGCAUGGAUUCCCGCCCACCUCCUCUCCCCGCUGUCCCCGGUGCUGUUCUCUGGGAUUAAUUCAGCACUUUGAAGUUUGGUAAGUCUGGGCCAGCUAUUCUCUGUCCUGCUUCAGUGACUAGCACAAGCAUUGAGCUUUCAAUACACGAGUGGCGCCAGGCCGAAGCCAGUUCCUCUUCUGAGUAGAAACCGAUGCAUUUUCAGCGAGCACAUGAACUUUCCACUCUCCUACUUCAAAAUAACCAAAUGCUAUUUUCAGAUAUUGCAGCGACUUC